AUGACUGCAGGCACCGGAAAAGUGAACCUUACGUGUUGGCAUCAUGACAAAGGCUGGGCCAACGUUCUGAAUAUGACCUUCAGUGAUGGCAAACUAAUAGCCAAUCAUGAUGGCUUUUACUACCUAUAUGCCAACGUGUGCUUCAGGCACCAUGAGACGUUGGGAAACCUAACUGGCCAAACGCUGCAGCUGAUGGUGUAUGUGAUCAAAACAGAUGUUAAAAGGCGAAACUCCGUCAUUCUGAUGAAAGGUGGAAGUACCAAGAAUUGGUCAGGCGAUUCUGAAUUUCAUUUUUUCUCGGUAAAUGUCGGAGGGUUUUUUAAAUUGAAGUCUGGCGAAAUUGUAAGCAUCCAGGUCUCCUACCCUUCCUUGCUGGAUCAUUCCCCAGAAGGAACUUACUUUGGGGCUUUUAAAAUAAGAGAUAGCGAUUGAGUGUACGAUUUUUUAAAAGGGAAAAUGUGGUAUUUAUU